UACUACGAGAGGUGCAAAAAUAAAAGGCAAAGAGUGGAUCUAGUAUCAAGAAAAAAGGCAAGAAUUUCAGAAACCAUCCCUAAAGAGAUAAUUCAGAGCAAUGAUCCUUCGAGUAGUAAUCCUCUGAGCAAUAAUCUUUCAAGCAAUAGCAACGGCAACAGUAGCAAUUCUUCGAGCAGCAGCAGUAUUUCUUUGAGCAAUAGCAGCAAUCCUUCAGGCAGCAGCAAUCUCUCAAAUACCACUCAUGUUUUCCAGAUCAACAAUAACUUGAACGAUCUUGAGCCAUUCCUUGAGCAUGACAGAAGCUUCGAACAAAUAAAUAACUCACAAGCGGGAGAUAGU